UCUUCUGUCUUCUCUCGCGCUCUCUCCUCCUCACACCCCCAAUCUCCUGUCCAGCACAGCACCGCACCGCACCGCACCGCACAUCCCCAGAUCAUCCAUCCUACGCAGCCCACCGGGCCGGCCUCUGCAACCAUGGCCUUCCGCAACAGCUCGUUUGCGACCUUUCUGAUCGUCUGCCCUGUAUCCUUCUUCCUCGGCCUCAUCUUCAGCCUCUUCCCCUACGACUACCCCAUCCUGUGGUCCCCGACCCCCACCCCACCCACGCAUUUCGACUACUUCGAAUCGCACCUGCGCUUCCUGCACGCCUCCCCCCCGCUGAUCCCCCGCAUCCUGCACAUCGUCAUGUUCCUCGGCCUAGCCGGCCUGAUCAUCAAGCUCUACCGCCCCAGCGAAAGCAACAUGCUCUUCGACGGCGCCAGUCUGGUCCUGUACAUGUGCGGCGUGACGGUGUAUGUGGCGAAUGUGGUCAAGGGGCUGAGGCUGGUGAGUCGGGGGGUUUAUGGGGAUGAGUUGGCCGCUUCGGUUCCUGACGCUGGGAGUGGGAGUGCGGGUGCGGGUGCGGCUGGGGAGGCGGAGGAUGGCCAGAUUCUGAAUCGCGAGGACUCGUUGAAGGUGUUGGCGGCUAGUAAUACGAUUCUGGCGUUGGUGUUGGUGGGCGUUUUGGUGUUGCAGGCGGGUCAGUGGUAUGCGGAACGGAAGGAGGCGCAGGAGGUGGAGAGUUUUAGGAGGAAGGAGAAUGCUUCGGUUUCGGCUUCUUCGAAAGAUACUAAGGAUGUUAAGGAGGGGGAGAAGGAGAGGAGGGAGAAGAAGAGGAAUUGA